AUGUCGAACAAGCAAGGCAAGAUGGCCGGUUACAUCAACUACCGGAUGAGAGUGACGCUCUUGGACGGGCGCCAGAUGACUGGCCAGAUGCUGGCCUUCGACAAGCAUAUGAACCUCGUCCUGGCCGACACGGAGGAGUUCCGCAAGCUCAAGCGCAAGACAGCCAAGCCCGCCGGCGCCCCCGGCGCAUCCACCCCCCAGACCCAGACCAUCGAGACCGAGGAGAAGCGCACGCUGGGACUCACCAUCGUCCGUGGCGCCCAGAUCGUCUCGCUCUCCGUCGAGUCGGCACCUCCCGCAGACCCUAGCACCCGACUGGGCAAGACGACGACCGGCGGUCUCACCUCCGCCCUGACAUCCGGCCCCGGAGUCUCUCGUCCGGCUGGACGUGGAGCUGCGCCCGCGAGCUUGGCUGGCCCUGCUGCCGGCGUCGGUGCUGGUGCUCCUCCUCCUCAGUUUCCCCCGCAGUUCCCUGGCGCACCUGGUUUCGGUCCUGGCAGAGGUGGUCCUCCCGCCCCUGGCUUCCCUGCCCCAGGUGGUUUCCCCCCUGCUGGAUUCCCUCCUCAGGGAGGCUUCCAGCCGCCGCCUGGCUUCCCCGGUGGCCCUCCCCCAGGCUUCAACCCUCCUGGACGGAGAUAG